CUUUCUAUUAUGUCAUAUGACACCACGCGGGUGUUAUUUAGACAAGGUUCCAGCACAUGAGCAAUUUACAGGACUUAUAUGAAAGUAUACUUUCAGGCAAUACUAAGAUGUGAGAAGUCAACAUAUGAGAAGGACGAAUAUGACCGCUUACGCAGCAACAGUAUCGUACACAGUUCCAUGGAAAUAGCAAAGGAAGGUCGCAUAGAAGCGCUGACUUGUCUCUGGCCGAACAUAAAGACUGUUGCGAUGCAACUUGCAGUAUUAGAAAAUCUACCAGAGACAAUAAACCCACUAGAUUACCAGCAUCUGCUGCCCACCGAGCAUCCCUUCCAGGAGUGGUUCGAGAAGAAAUCGCCGAUUAAGAUCAAACCAUCUGUACACGAACACGAUUGGUGCAGGAAAGAGAUAUUCAGGUCGAUAUGGAGCUCCAACUGGUCAGAGGAGACCACCCCCGAGACAGAGACGGCGAGCUGCGUGUCGGGCGCGGCGGACAUAUCGCAGUGGUACGAGAAGCGCGCUCGGCAGAUAGAGGAGCGCAGCGGUCUCGCGUCCCACUCGCUCACACUGGUCACGCUCGCUUCACUCGGCGGCGGCGUGCGCGGACUGGACAAUGCGAUGUUCCACCUGCUCACGCUGGACACGUUACUGUACGACGUUAACGUGGAGGGCGUUACUCUGGCGCAACUGGAGAACAUGACGCCGCUGGACACGUGCGCUUUGCUUAUGCAAAUGGUGACUAUUAUUUAUUUACUAAACGACGGUUUUUUUAUUUAAAUAAAAUAGAUAUUAAACAAUAUUAUGCUUUGUGCUCGAAAAGUUUAUAAUACAAACAAAAUAUCACCUAUAUACUAAUAAUGAUUAUUACAUAUGUACCAUCUAAUCUAUCAGUGAUACAAAACAAUAUCUCUAUAUAAAUCUAACAAUUUAUAUGUUAUUUAACCAACAGCUCACACACUAUACGCUUAUAAGUUUGUAAUUUAGUAGUAAAGAUGUCAAUACAGUUUUUUUUUAUAUUCAUCAAGAGAAUGCCUUAAAUAUUAUUUUUUUUGUGUAGUUAGUAUUUGAAAGUGGAAUAUAAAAGUCAUAUUUAAGUAAUAUCAUAUUUUUAUAUUUUGCCAUACUGAAAAUUAUUCUUAAUACAAAAUGCUUAAAAAUCCACUCGGUCCCUGGCACCCUGAAAUGGGAAUCGAACCCACGACCUUUCGCAAUCCGGGCGACUGCUCUAACCACUGAGCUACCCAGGACCUAACAGGACUGACGAAUCUUUCAAGCACUUUUCGCUACUACAGAGCGUAUUCUCGUAUCAAUGUUCAGGCAUCGUUCAGGCGAUAAUAUUUUUCACCGUUAUCUUUAUUUAGAUACGUUUGAAUAAGCGACGUUCGUCUCUCUUAUAAUUUGAUGCUCUUGAUGAUAUAAGUCGCAGUAUGACUUAGUUAAUAAGUAUUAUUUUUUUUAUUAAUUAGUAGAAUCGUACAAAUUGCAGACUUAAUGUCUUUACACAUCCUCUUUCAAUCAAUGGAAACUAAGAAAUUAAUAUGAGCUCCACAAAAGUCAUUAGAUUAUAAGUGGUUUUAGGUUUUUUAAGUAUAUAAAAACCUAUAAUAUGAACCUCAUUUGUACAUCCUCUACCAAUCAAUGGAGACUAAGCAUAUAAUAAUAUA